UGAGUAUUGAGUAAAUUCCUUACGACCUUAAUUCAAAAGUAACUUUGACGACUCGCUUGCACCAGAGAGAGGUCGCGCACACGAACACUGUCACUUUUUGAAUAAGAGUUGCCCUUAUCUAAGGGGAUGCGGUUUAAAACAUCUCUUCAGAGUAAGCCAAAGCACAAUAACUUAGUAUCAUGUGUUGGAUGGAUGUCACCUGAUGAAGUUUAUUCCUGUGGGGAUGAUCAUCAAAUCUUGCAGUGGAAUCUACUAUCAACAGAGACAAACAAGGUGUCAGAAUUGUCUCAAGAAGUUUAUCCACUAGACCUACAUUGGCUACCCAGAAGUGCAGUGCAGAAAACAAAAGUUGGAUCUGAGGUCUUUUUGUUGACAGCUGAUGAUGGAAAGUUUUAUAUUAUUGGCCGCAAUGGACGUACUGAAAAAUCUGUUGAAGCUCAUCGUGGUGCAGUUUUGUCAGGUCGAUGGAGUCAUGAUGGAGCUAGUCUUGUAACAGCUGGGGAGGACGGUCAAGUUAAAAUAUGGUCUCGAAGUGGGAUGUUGAGGUCAACCCUUGCUCAGGUGUCAAUGCCGACAUAUGGAGCAGCGUGGUCACCAGAUUCGGAUGCUGUUAUAUAUACAUGUGGAACAAAUUUAAUUAUAAAACCCUUAGCUCCAAACUCAAAGCCAAUCCAGUGGAAAGGACAUGAUGGCGUUAUUCUUAAAGUGGCAUGGAACCCAAAUACUGGACUAAUCCUCUCGGGUGGUGAGGACACUAGAUAUCGUGUUUGGGAUAGCUUUGGACGUCAGCUCUAUUCUUCAGCUCAGCAUCAGCAUCCCAUCACUUCUUUAUCCUGGUCUCCUGAUGGUCAAUUGUUUGCAGUGGGUUCUUUUAAUACUCUGAGAUUGUGUGACAAAGCUGGAUGGUGCCAUUCUUUGGAGAAGCCCAAUACUGGUAGUAUAUUUAAACUUGCUUGGUCUAGUGAUGGAACUCAGGUUGCAGGGGCUUGUGGGAAUGGUCAAGUUAUAUUUGCUCACAUUAUUGAGAACCACCUUGAAUGGAAGAAUUAUGAAGCUACUGUCACUAGCCGCAAAACUAUAUUGCUGCGAAAUGUUAGCAAUGAAGCUUGGGAAAAAUUGGAGUUAAGAGACAGAAUUAUUAAAGUUUCUCUUGCUCACAGCCAUAUGGUUGUUGUGACUUCAACGCAAGCAUAUGUGUACUCAACACGUAAUUGGAAUACACCCAUAAUAUUUGAUUUAAAAGAGUCAAAUGCAAGUUUGAUUGUUCAGGAUGAAAGACAUUUUCUUUUGGUAGAUGGGGCAAGUGUAUAUGUUUAUUCUUAUGAUGGGCGGUUGUUGUGUUCUCCUAAAUGGCCAGGGAUGAGAACAGAUGUUCUUAACCAUCGUACUGUGUCUUUAUCAAGUGACACACUAGCAAUUCGGGAUAAGAAUGAUGAGAAACUGGUUCAUCUCUUUGAUGCUACAACUGGUAAAUCUCUGAAUGAUGGUAAACCAUGGUCACACAAGCUUGAGAUUGUUGAAAUUGCCUUGGAUAAGGUUGGUUCAUCGCAAGAAAGACGUAUGGCAGUGGUUGAUCGUAAUAGAGACCUAUUCUUAGUAAACUUGCAACGUGUUGGCAGCAUUGGAAGACCAGUGAAGCUUGGAGGAAUGGUCCAGUCUCUAUGCUGGAAUGAUGGUGCAAACAUUUUAGCUGCACUUCAAGAUGCCAAGUUCAUUGUUUGGUUUUAUCCAGCAGUUGUGUUUGUGGACAGAGAUUUGCAACCAGUAACAGUUUAUGAGAAAGAUGCUAGUGACUUUGGAAAAAAUGCAGUUAUAGUUAGCUUUUUAGACACGAUGGUAACAUUGCGACGGGCAGAUGGCAGUUUAGUAACAAGUAGUGUUUCUCCCUAUCCAGCUUUAUUGCACAACUAUGUUAUGGCAAGACACUGGGAUGAUGCAGUUAGGCUUGCCAGGUUUGUAAAAGAUCCUACUGUCUGGGGCUGCUUAGCAGCGAUGGCUACUGCUAGUAAAGAGUUAGAUACAUCAGAAGUGGCAUAUGCAGCAAUUGAUGAAGCAGACAAGGUUGAAUACAUACAUUAUAUUAAGGAGAUACCAGUGAAAGAGGCCAGGGCUGCAGAAAUGGCUUUGUUAGGGGGCCAUGUCAGUGAUGCAGAAGCUAUCCUCCUUCAGUCAGGUCUCUUUUUCAGAGCUAUUAUGCUCAACCUGUCUUUAUACCAUUUUGAUCGUGCUCUCCAGCUGGCAAUUAAACACAAGACACAUGUUGAUACAGUCAUGGCAUUUAGGAAGCAUUAUCUGGCACGUUUUGACAAGAAGGAGACCAGUAAAAUCUUUUUACAGUAUGAAAAGCAGGUGGAUGUUGAUUUCAAGAAAGUGGCUGAAAAGAUUGCACUUGAAUACCAAAGAGAGAGAGAGAAACCAACUUCAUCUAAAUAAUGCAAGAAAUGGCAAAAAAUGUAGUUUUUCUAGUCAUAGUAGAAAACAAAUAGUUUCACUUUCUAGCCAUAGUAGAAACCAAAUAUGGUUUGUUUUCAUAGUCAUAACAGAAAACAAAUAAAUUGCUUCUCUGAAAUUCUAGUCAUGGCAAUAUAGUAAUCUUGUUUGCUGUGGAACAUUUUAUUUUAGAUACUUUAAAAUAUUAUACUAUUACAAUAUCUAAUACA